CCCUCCCACACUGGAUAUAUUUCAGGCCCUGCCUGCAGCACACCCUCUUCUUCUCAGCUGUACUCCUGAACUUCAUCUGCAAAGAUGUUUAAAGGUAUGACCGUAAGGAACAUGUCCUUCAAGGUCGGGCAGACCCUGACCAUUGUCGGAGUUCCCAAGCCUGAUGCUACAAACUUUGCAGUGAAUGUUGGCCCCAGUGAGCAGGAGAUUACAAUGCACAUCAAUCCCCGCUUUAAUGCCCAUGGAGAUGAAAACACAGUGGUCUGCAACUCCUACCAAGGAGGCAAUUGGUGUCAGGAGCAACGUGAGGCAAGCUUCCCUUUCCGCCAGGGACAGGAGUUUAAGAUUAUCAUUGAAUUCACCCCUGCGGAGUUCGUGGUGUCUCUGCAAGAUGGCUCUAAGAUUCACUUCCCCAAUCGCAUGGGGGCAGAGAAGUACUCUGUCAUCAGCUUCGAUGGUGAGGUUCGCAUCACAAGCUUGGAGAUCAAGUAAACCUUCCAGGAACUGGGGAAAUGAAAAUCAGGUCAUUCGCUUCAAUUUGUCUGGCAUCAGGUCGCAUAUGGCCCCUGUUUACAAGUUUCUGAAUACGUGGUACCAGCCUUGACAUGUUUACUGUAGCUGCAAGCAAGCAUAGGCAGAAAGAUAGAUACAUAAAGAGAUACAUGAUAAUAAUCUACAGAUGUAUACAUACAUCCACACAGCAACUUGACAGAGCUACUGACUGAGAACCAAACCAAGUAUAAAACAACCCCAAGUCCAUGUUAUUUGACUCUUGUUUAAUUUGUAGUGUGAAAGAUUGUAGUGAAAAUAUCAGAUAAAAUGUGAUCACUUACUCUUCAACAUGCCUUGAAAACCUUCAUUUAUUUUAUUGCUGUCCCUCAACAUUCCAGAUUUUUAAAUACAGUGUGUGCCUGUAACAACAUGUAUUAAAGCCUGAUCUCUUAUGAAAAA